AUGGAGGACAACCUGCCCCCGGGCUUCCCCCCGGGCUACACCUUGAGCGGCAACACCAGCCACUCCAGGGCCUACGACCUUCUUGUGAAGAAGGCAGCAGACCUCGUGCGACAGGAGGAUGCACAACGGGCCAGCCCACCUCGCCUCUCAGCCACCACCACCACAGCAAAAUGUCGCAUGAGGAAACUGAGAGACGCCACCAGCUUCCUGCGCAAGGGGGAGGCCCCGAGCACUCCCAGGCGUACUCGAAGGGCGACGAAAACCUCGGCCUUCCCGCGGCGCACACCACGGGCGAAAACAGGCAAGGCAGCGAACGGCACAAAUCUCCCUGCUUCCAUCGACGUCCCCCCUCAAUACGAGGCAACACAGCAGACGGCCGCCGCCAUUUUCUCGCCGCAAACAUCGUCUGCCACCGCCAUUGAAGGAGCCCCCGCCAUCCCUCCAUUUCCCAAGAAUGGCAAGGGAUGCAACCAAGGAGAAACGGAGCUGGAGGAAAACCUGUCUUCCCUCCCUCGCCAAGAGAGCUACAGGAACACCAGUCACGAGUUCCCCUCUCCCUCCUCGGGCUCGCAAGUCACCCCGGCAUUCUCCCCUCCAGCCAUCUCAACCGCGGAGAGCAGCCCGACCGGUUCCCCACCUGCCCCCUCCGCAGCAACUGCCUCCCCACCUGAACAAGCUCGAGAGGCCGCGGCCACCGCAAACAGCUCGGGAGCCCUUUUCCCUCCUGCCCCCAACCCUGAUGUCAUGGCCUCCACAGAGUGCCCUUGCAAUACCAAAAACAAAGCAAGUGCUCAGAAUGCUGCUGCGCCUCGCCGCCCCGCACCCCGGGCCAACGCCAGCGGCCCUGGGGAGACGGUCCUGUACCGGCCCAGGAACAGGAGAACAAAUUUUCGCUCAUCCACACAGGAGGCCAUCUCCUCGUUCCUGGCCACAGUAGACGGUGUGGUUCGCGUCCGUGUCAAUUUCCGACGCAACGUCGUCGCCGCAGACACGCCCACCGGCUCUCCACUUGACCCGCUGCUUAGCAUCAGCGACAUAUGCGGCAUCGCUGUGCGUGCGAGGCAAGCCGCAAACAACACGUGCAGCGGCAUCAUAUUCGGUAUUGACACGGCACUCGGAGAGGAAGAGAUCCGGGAGAACAUCUCAUCGAACCUCCCUGUGACCUCAUGCUCUCGUUCCGGGCACAACAUCAUCGUCCGCUUUGAGGGCAGCAAGUCACCCACGGAGGUUGCCCUCUACAAGUAG